UGAGUAUAAUGUCUUUUCAAGAACCAAAAUGGCGGGCAGUCUUAGCAGUGAAAUAAAAAAAUUUGCUUUGAAUAUCCUUGAAAAUGGACAGAUAGUAACUUGUAUGGAUCAGCUACGCAUAGAUAAACUUCGUAGUGGGUAAGUGUUGAAGAAUUAGAAACUUUUAAUCCACAAGAAAGGGUAAAAAUAUAUUAGUUUGCGUGUAUGAAUAUCACUAUGUAGUAAUUAUGCAUGCUUGUGAUGUUACUCUGAGUGUAUAUCCACACCGGGAAAGCUUGAAAAAUUUGCCUGGCCAUGAUGACAUCGUGGCCAGGCAUAUUUUUAGGGUGUGGAUAUACAGUCAGAGUAACAUCACAAGCAUCAUAUUCACUUGAGAACAUUACACUAACACAGAAGCAAUUAUGCAGUUAUCAUAGAGUGAUCAAAGUUGAAACGAACAUAAAUAUAUCUUAUGUAUUGUAUAUAUACUGUAGUUCAUGAAAAAGUAAGAUAUAUAGUAUUAAGGAAGUAGUUUAUAGAUAAAACAGUAUCUAGUGUGGGAACGAAACGUAAAGGAAACGAAACGGGAAGGGGACAAAUUACGACCUGGGAUGAAACAGCAAGGGGAUGAAAUGACCAGUUACCGUAGACAUCAAUCAUGACAUUACCUGAGCCCUGACUGAAAUGUUUACGAUCGAAUUCCACACCUGAGAUUUCAAAAAUUAAAUAGUUAAUUUGAUUCUAUCAUUCUAUCAACUGAUGCAAAUUGUGAAUUGUGUAAUUAUUAUUUUCUCAUUGCAGUUCUAAUGUUACAAAAGAAAAUAAUUGUGAUCGAUUUAGACUUCUGAUUCCUUAUGGUGGCACUACGUUGAAAUGUAAGAAAAUAAAGCAGAGUGCUUGUUUCAUUAGAUGCAAACUAAAUUAAAAACUGAGCUACUGUAAUAACUUCAAUUUACGAACCAUGAUACAGUUGUUAACGCCUAUUAAAGUGUGUUCGUGCAGCAUGCAAUCACAAAAGGGAUUUGACUGUAAGCUGACCUAAAAAAAUAUACCUGUGGUUCUCAGGUUUCAUAUCGCGAAAAAAUUAGGGUCAGUAGGUCGGAAAUAAUUUUUUUUUUAAAUAUUUUUUUCAUGGUUUUUUCAAUAAUUAGUGCGACAACAGACGCCAUUUUGGCAGCAGCCCGCAACCACCUGGAGAAAAUAGGGUCGCAUGGUCAAUUGUGUUGAAAAAAUAAUAGGGUCGGCAGAAAAAAAUAGGGUUGGUCGGGAACCAGAACCACAGGUAUUUUUUUAGGCCUAAACAUUCAUGAACAGUUCUGCAAAUUAAACAAUUAGAUUGUUUACACCUUAAAAUAAUUAGUUAAACACAUCUGAUUGGCUAAUAAAUUUAGGAAGACAGUUAAGUGUGUGCAGUAUCAAGUUCAAUUUGUAGAAUUGUUGAGCAAAAAUAACUGUUUGUCAUAUUGGUUAACAUUGAAAACUGCUUGCAAAUUGAGCCCAUAAAGUUUGCAAAACAUAUAGCAUUAUCAUUGACAGAAGUUCAAAACUAAUUGUAAACAAACAUACAGUACUUCUCAUCUCACAUUAAAGUUUAAGACAUAAUCGUUAACUACACUUACAACUUUGCAUCUAAUUGUAACAAUAAUGUUUUAAGAUCACAUGCACACACUUAUAGGCAUUAACAACUGUAACCACUGUUCAUGGGACUAGAAGUAUUUAAGAGUUCAACUUAACUGUCAUGAUAUUUCUGUUUUUCUAGGGGAAAUUGUAUUUAAUUCUGAUGAGCCACAUUUUCCACCUGAUGUUGUAUUUGGUGACUGUGAACCAGAUUUUGAACCAAAUUUGGAGGAAAUACCAGUAUGUACUUCCAUAAUCCAGUGUUUACAUGUGACCUUUGAGGCGGGCUGGCUCACCAAAAUAAACCACUGGGCUCACUGCUAUAAAUAGUCCUAGUGUUGUUGUUGUUAUUGUUGUUUUUGUUUUUAAUAGCAUAUAAUAACUUUCUAAUUACUGCCUAAUAUAUAUGUCAUACAAUAUAAAAAUAUUUUAAUUUACAAAUAGUACAAUAUAUCUUUUGUGAGCAACUUUCUUGGUUACUGUAUAACUUACAGAAUCAUUCACAGAGACCUUUUGAAAUCAAAAUUUGUUGAGAAACUCUUAUAAAUCAGAUUUCUAAUCGACAACAAUAUACAGUAUUUGUGUGAACAUACUGUAGCAAUAUACUGUAACACUCAGCCUGCUUAUGUGAGCCAACCCAAGUAAUUGCAUUUAUAUGGAAAAUUCCCUGCCCAGAUUUACAAGAUCUCGGGUCAGUAAAAUUUGAGCCGGGACCUCACAUAGGCAGGACCAGCUUGGUUCCCAUAUAAAUGCAAAAUGAAUUUUAGUAGGAAAUACUAACAAAGGCAAGAUCUUGUCUAAAUCGUGCCAGCUCGGUUAACCAUGCAGGCUGGCUCGCCCCAUAUAAACAGCCCCUUAUUGAAACUGAUGUAUAUUAAAAUACUUUCAGUCUUUGCAAUACUGGAACCCAGAAGAUCCCAACAGCUUAACAGCGAUAGUGAAUGAACUCCUAGAGCAGUACAAACAGUAUCAAUAUGACUUGAUCAAGACAUGUUCUGCAAAAGUUGCAUUCGAAUUUGAGUCUGUUCGACAAUUGGAUACUUUGGCGAAUAUGGAAGUGUAUGUACAUCGAGGUACACAGGUAAAUAAUUGAACAUAAUGGCCAUGAUCUUCAACAAUCUGUGGCAGUGUAGGUUGUGGCAAUAAUAAGAAAGAUUUGGAUAGAUAUAGAGAUGCAACUAAAUGAAAAAUACAAGGAGAACUUCAACGUUUUGAGCGAAGGUCGUUUGUUGGAAAUUCUGUGUAUCUCUCUCUAAUUUCCCGAUGAAGGACCUUUGCUCAAAACAUUGAAGUUCUCCUUGUAUUUUCAGAUUGUUGUAUUCCUAUUCAGGGUGUUAGCCAGAAAAAAAAUUUUGUCUGUUAAACGUAAAUUGGGAAAGUUUUUUUGACCGAUCAAAGUCCUUGUGUAGGAAUAAAUAGUGUUUUUUUCCAACGUGUUUCUUAUUAGAUGCAAACAACGGUAGCUUGGUUUUGUACAUUCCAUUUCCGAUGAAUGAACACUGAAAAAUGCACCCCAUGGCACUUGUUAACGAUUUAUGUUUAACUUUAUUUCACACCGAUUACACUUUGUUCUGUACAUUUCAUUUCAGUGAAUACACACCCAAUAUGAAUGAAACGCGAUAUAUUUUGAGAAAAUAGUUAAUGGGAAAAAGUAAAUAAGUUCUUUGAUAUAAUAAUAUAAAAUCAAACGCAAUGCACUUUCUCAUCAGAAAAAAUGAAAAUCUUCCAGUAGACACAGUUGGGAAAGCCCCUUAGCUACUUCAAUUGGGAAGAGUCCGUCAAACGGACAGUAUAUGGGCUAGCUAACACCCUGACUAUUAUUCAGAACUUUUUUAUAAAUGGCAAUAAUUCUUCAUUAUUAUUUUUUACUGUGGCUAUUUAAAUUAUUUAGAAUCUUAUGAGCAAUGCUUGAUAUAAAUAUGCUAGAAUGAAGUUACAAUAACUUUAAUUAAUGCAGUUUUAUGAGCAUUGAAAUAGGGUUAGAUGUUGCAUUAGAUUAGGCUUUGGAUUAGAUUAAAGUUAAGAUUAGAUUAGAGUUAGGAUGUGAAUUAAUUAGGAGUAGAUUAGGCUUUGGAUUAGAUUAAAAUUACGAUUUGAUUAAAAUUAGAUUAUGGAUAAGAUUAGAUUAAAGUUAAGAUUAGAUUAGAUUAGAGUUGGGAUAUGAAUUAAUUAGGAGUAGAUUAGGCUUUGGAUUAGAUUAGAUUUAAUUAUCUAUAAUAAUUUUCUAUCCUCGCAGAAUUCAUAUCAGCAAGCCAACUUUUUAAUCAAAUUACCGAUUGAUCUCGCCAGAUUACCUCCAUAUCUAAUUAAUGUAAGUUGAAAACCUUUUGUGCUCUCGUUAACGUACUGCUAACUUCACACGUUAAAAUGUUUUGAUUGUCCAACAUUUUAAAAAGCCCCCCACCCCCCGAAGGUAUUUCAAUUUUUUGUGCAGGAUUGUCUGAUCUUGCACGGGUAUUGACCAAUCAAAUUACGUAUUUCGUUGUAGUUAUUAUACAUACACACAUAAAAACGCACAAGUUGUAACAAGUCUGCAAACAAGUUGUUACAAGUCUCUUCACAAGCUGUCAACAUGUUGUGUUCGCACUGCUUGUUCCCAGUUGUUGUAACAAGUUUGGUACAAGCUGUUAACAACUUGUAACAAGCUUGAUGGCAUUAUCAGCCUUGUUACAAGACUGUGCUAACAAGUUUGUUACAGCCAUGAUACAAUAAGGAUGUUACAAGUUUGUCAACACAAGGUUGUAACAAUUUUGUUAUAUCAAGCAUGUAACGGACUUGUCAGAACAACAAGAUUGUUACAAGUUGUCAACAACUCGACAAGUUGUUCUAAAUCUGUUGACAACUUGUAGCAAACAUUGCGAGCACAUUUUGUUGACGGAUUGAUGGCAGACUUGUUACAAGAUGUGAGAUUUUUACAUUGUGUAAGCAGUGUGUCGCCAGACAUUCGUAAUAUAAUGAUGAUGAUAAAAGGUUCUAUAUUUUGUAGCAAAAUCCUGGCGAAGACUUUAUUAUGCUCUAUGUCUCUUACGAGGGAUAUAAUGGCUCUACAGUUACUCCAAAAGUACUCCUUUCACCAAGAGUCGAGAAGUAA